UAGGAAGGGUGUUAGGUUUGAGGUUGGCGUAGAGGAGAAUAACUACAAUGGCUUCCAGGGCUUUGACGGAACCUCAGAUGCGAGGCCUUCUGGCCAAGCGUCUGCGAUUUCACGUUGUUGUAUCCCUGGGGAUUGCAACUUUCUAUAAGUUUGCUGUGGCCGAACCAAGAAAGAAGGCAUACGCAGAUUUCUACAGAAAUUACGAUUCUGUGAAAGAUUUUGAGAAGAUGAGGAGGGCUGGUAUCUUUCAGAGUGCAAAGUGAUUUUGGAAUGUAAAGAAUUUCUUUGGGUUGAGUCGAUUGAAGUUUGUCACUGACCUGUGUUCCUGAACUAUGAAGCACGAAUAUUGGGUUAUG